GCCUAUAGCCUUUGCGGAAGAACUGUAUGUUCUGCCCGGCGGCCUAGAUCAUUUGCUCGUGUGAGCGAGCACGACAUCUGCAUUCCAUAUUCACGAUCACAUAUAUGAGGAGACGCUCCUCAUCGACGCUGCCAUCGCCCCUGCAGCCUCCGUAGCGACGAUGAGUGAUACCAAGGUGCUUCCUCAGCAUGAUCUGCCAGCAGGUGGCUUCGAGCAUCCUCCUGCUGCGACCGCACUCUCGUCUAACGAAAAGAUCGACGCUUUUGGCGACAAUGGCAGCGACAGCGAAAAAGGCGGCGCGGUUGCCGUUCUGACUGCCGAUGGCGCAGUCUUUGAAGAGCUUGCUUCAGCAGAGAGCGGGCAUGACAUCAAGUUUCGCACGCUUUCGUGGAAGCGGGCAGGCAUCCUGCUUGCGACCGAAUACGUCUGCCUGGCCAUCUCCAGCUUCGCAUGGUCAUUCUCGGUCAUGGGCUUUGCAGGUGGUGUCAUCUUCAGUAUCGGUUAUGGUCUUGUGACAUGGUAUACCUCUUACGUCCUCUGGCAAUACUGCCUUCUACACCCAGAAGCGCGUGACCUUGUCGACAUUGGCUAUCUCCUCUUCGGCAAGAGCUCGAUUGCCAUGCAGCUCACACUCCUCGGCCUUGUUCUCAACAAUCUCUUCAUCGUCGGUCUGCACACUCUGACAGGCAGCAAGAUCCUGAACACGCUCAGCGACCAUGCAACAUGCUCGGUCGUCUUCUCUGUCGUCACCAUGGUCGUCGGCAUCGUGCUCACCCUGCCACGAACACUGCGAGGCUUGACGACGAUGGGCAUUGCAUCUGCAAUUUGCAUGUUCAUCGGUCUUCUGCUCUGCAUCAUCUUUGCUGGCACCGAAAGCAACCCAGCGUACGGCUAUGGCGGUCUGUACCCGAAGCUCGGUGCAUCUGUCGUCGUCGAAGCUGCUGCACCUGCAGGCUCGACCUGGAUCGCCGUCAUGAAUGCCAUCUUGAACAUCACCUACACUUACGUCGGCCAGGCGCUUCUACCGUCCUUCAUCGCCGAGAUGGAACGCCCUCAAGACUUCCCGAAAGCACUCACGCUGAGCAUGCUCCUUGAGAUCGUUCUCUUUACCGGCUUUGGUAUCUUCGGCUACGCCUUCACUGGCCAGUACGCAACUGCGCCUCUAUUCGGCUCGCUGCAGAACCCAGGCAAGAAGAUCUCUUUCGGCUUCGUCAUUGUGCCGACGUUGAUCAUCGGCGUCAUCUACGCCAGCACGAUCGCCAAGGUCUUCUACCUCCGAAUUCUUGGCAAUUCCGAUGCACGCCAUUCGCACUCCGCCAAGGGCUGGUCGGUCUGGAUUGGCUGUGUCAUCGUCACCUGGGUGCUCGGGUGGAUCGUCGGGGAGUGUAUCCCCUUCUUUGGCGACCUGCUCUCCAUCAUGUCAUCUCUGUUCGACAGCUUCUUCGGCAUGAUGUUCUGGUCGAUCGCCUAUUUCCGUAUCAACAGAGGGCGUGCAUUCUCAAGUAUCAAGUACAUUGUGCUAUCUGUCAUCAAUGUCCUGAUCUUUAUCGGCGGCCUCGUCAUGCUCGGGCCGGGCACAUACACGAGUGUCAUUGCCAUCAUCGCAGACUUUGCUGGUCCAACCAAGCAUCCGUUCAGCUGCGCGGACAACUCGCUUUAAGCCGCAUGAGUCGCUAUCAGUCGCAAUAGUCAAACAGGGAACAGGGGCUACGGUAAUAAAUGCAAUAGCAGGUCUUGUCAGCACAUGCCGGACCGAAUGU